AUGUCCGGAGAUGAAGCGUGGAGGAAGAAUGCAGACACGCACAAGAUGAGCCCUGAGGAGGUGAAGAGGGCCGGAGUGGAGGCCUCCAAGCGGCCUCCAGGCCACCAUCCAGGGGAGGUGCUCCACCAGCGCCGGAAGCUUCCCCGCAGCCCCACCACCAUGGCCCUCGGCGGCUUCCUCAUCGCCGCCACCAUCGGCUACUUUAUACUGUACUCCAAGAAAAAGCCCGAGGCCUCGGCCGGCGACGUCGCCAAGGUGGCCACCGGCGUCGCCGGGCCGGAGGACACCCAUCCCCGCAAGUAAUCUGUUGAUGUAGGUUGUAAAUUGUAUACGGCAGGCAUAUUUCUCUGUUUUCUUCACUAAGCAGCAGUAACUAACGUUAAC